AUGAGCCAGUUGAAAUUACCACCGUACCAGAAGCGUAAGACUUCUGGUACCAACCGUCCAACGACGCUGAAUGUCGGCGCAACAGGUGGUAGUGCCGCUGGUCAGGGUAAAAAGUCACCGCUUGGGUAUGGUAUGCAGCAUGCGGACGAAUGUCCAUCACUUCCGGACGGAUUUCUACCGUUGCCGAGUCAGGUGGCUGGACACGCCUUUCACAAGGGAACUGAUUCGCUAGGUUUGCUGAAAAGUAUCGACGAUGGAUCAGUACUGAAACCGGUCGCCAAGCUAUUGGCCGGUCCGCGUGAAAUUAAAUUCUACGAACAGAUAGCGAGUGCGUCCCCCGAAGCCCGCGAACUUGUAAUGCUGCGCGAGCUAACACCCCAGUACCGUGGCCACCAAAAGCUACCGAUCGGUGGUGAGAUAAUCGAAUUCCUCAAGCUGGAAGAUCUUACCCAGGGCAUGCUGGAACCUUGCAUUAUGGAUAUAAAAAUUGGUCGCCGUUCAUGGGAUCCAAUGGCAACGGAGGAGAAACGGCUCUACGAAGCAUCGAAAUACGUUGAAAGCCGGGAAGCGUACGGUUUCUGUAUACCGGGCUUUCAGUACUAUUCGCUCGUCACUGGACGCUUGCUACGGUACGGUAAAGAGUAUGGAAAGAAACUUACCGAGGUAACGGUGAAGGAUGCGGUGCGUCGAUUUUUGAACGCGGACGUUGGUCUCUGUCGUCAGCAGUUGAUCCAGUUUCUGACGGACCUGUGGAACAUACAGAAGUGGGCCCGAGCGCAAACUUCGUACCGGUUGUACGCUAGCUCGGUACUGCUGGUGUAUGAUGCACGUCGAUUGAAGCCGGUUCUGCAGCAUGCAGGAAAACGGGGGACACCACGUACGCCGAACACACCGUCACCGAUGGGCACCGGGAGUGGGAACAGUACUCCCGGCACACCGGUCUUCUGCACAACCUCCAUCAACGAGAUGGGCGAUGUGGAACCAUUGCAGCACUACUUUAAGAUACAGCGAAGCCAUUCCACCAAUCAUAACUACGAUGAGGACAUUAAAGCGAUGAAAGAAAACUAUACCUUCAUGCUGGACAAUCUGGUCGGUUCGUACGAGGACAAAAUCUGGGCCAAGGCGCGUAUGAUCGACUUUGCGCACACGUUCACGCAACAAACGACUACCGGCGGCGAAUCACAACCCACCGUCGAUCGUAACUAUCUCGAAGGUAUCGAUAGUCUGGUGAAGCUGUUCGAGGAUCUGCUGAAGGACUGCGAAAUACAAAACUCCCCCCGGCAGGGAGUUGCUUAA